GUCGCUGAGCCCCGGCGCCGGCGGAGAGCUUGUGUUCGCCUCCUGCAGCCUCACCCCGAGGGGCUUCCACCAUGAUCACUGGUGUCUUCAGCGUGCGCACGUGGGCUCCGGUGGGCGUCCUGACCUCGCUGGCGUACUGCCUCCACCAGCGGCGGGUGGCCCUGGCCGAGCCGCAGCGGCGGAACCGCCAGCAUCCCGUCGACCGAAGCCUCCUGGAGUUGAAAAUGGUGCAGGUCGUGUUUCGGCAUGGGGCGCGGAGUCCUCUCAAGCCUCUCCCUCAGAAGGAGCAGGUAGAGUGGAACCCUCAGCUAUUAGAAGUCCCACCCCAAACUCAGUUUGAUUACACUGUCACCAGUCUUGCUGGUGGCCCGAAACCACAUUCUCCUUUCGACUCUGAAUACUGUAAGACCAUGCUGAAGGGGGGCAUGUUUGCUGGACAGCUGACUAAUGUGGGCAUGUGGCAGAUGUUUGCCCUGGGAGAGAGGCUGAGGAAGAAGUAUGUGGAGGACAUCCCUUUUCUUUCACCCACCUUCAACCCACAGGAGGUCUUUGUUCGUUCUACUAAUAUAUAUCGGAAUCUGGAGUCUACCCGGUGUUUGCUGGCUGGGCUUUUCCAACGUCAGAAAGAAGGACCCAUCAUCAUCCACACUGAUGAAGCAAGCUCUGAAGUCUUGUACCCCAACUACCAAAACUGCCAGAGCCUGCGGGAAAGGACCAGUGGCCGGAAGCAGUCUGCCUCUUUGCAGCCAGGAAUCUCAGAGGAUUUGAAAAAGGUGAAGGAGGGGAUGGGCAUUGCCAGUAGUGAUGGAGUGGACUUCCUCAUCCUCUUUGACAACAUGGCUGCUGAGCAGGUACACAGCCUCCCGAGCUGCCCCACGCUGAAGAGAUUUGCACGGAUGAUUGAACAGAGAGCUGUGGACUCAGCCUUGUACGUCCUGCAAAGGGAAGACAGGGAAAGUCUUCAGAUGGCAGUAGGCCCAUUCCUCCACGUCCUGGAGAACAACCUGCUGAAAGUCGUGGACCCUGCCACUCCAUCUGACAAGACCAGAAAGCUGUACCUCUAUGCGGCUCAUGAUGUGACCCUCAUGCCUCUCUUAAUGGUCCUGGGGAUUUUUGACCACAAAUGGCCCCCGUUUGCUGUAGAUCUGACCAUAGAACUCUACCAGCACCGGGAAUCCAAGGAGUGGUUUGUGCAGCUCUAUUACCAUGGGAAGGAGCAAGUGCCGAGAGGUUGCCCUGACCGGCUCUGUCCGCUGGACAAGUUCUUGAACACCGUGUCAGUUUACACCUUAAGCCCAGAAGAAUACCGCACACUCUGCUCUCAAGCACAGGAGUUGGAACUUGGAAAUGGAGAGUGACUGAUUUAUACAAGUAGGGUGUGUUGACUUUUAAAUAAAAUGCCUUUACACAA